ACUUAGAGGAGCAGCUGCAGGCUUACUGGGAAGGAGUUCACAAUAUAGGCUCUUGGAAUACUAGCAGAAAAACCAGCUUGAUUCUGGAAAGGAAGGGAAGGAGAUACGAAAAAAAAUUUCCUCACUGUGAUCUGCAAGUGAAUUCCAUGGAUUCUAUAGUUUGGAACAACCACCAGUAGACAGAAAGCUUAAAAAGAUGGAGCUGGGAAAGGCAAAGCUGCUGAGGACCGGCCUCAAUGCUUUAUAUCAGGCCAUCCACCCCGUGCAUGGAAUUGCCUGGACAGAUGGGAAGCAAGUGAUACUGACUGCUUUAUACUAUCAUAAUGGAGAGCUAAAGUUCGGAGACUCAAGUGUUGUUGGUCAAUUUGAACAUGUUCAUGGGCUUAACUGGGGCCCAUGUUGCUCUACAGACACCCCAGCUCUGCUCGCUGUUCAGCAUAAAAAGCAUGUUAGUGUUUGGCAGCUGGGCUACAGCACUGCGGAGAAGAACAAACCCUUGAUUUCUCAGACCUGUGAAGUUGGUGAGCCAUUUCCACUGCUUUCUCAGGGCUGUGUCUGGCAUCCAAAGAAGGAGGUCUUGGCUGUGCUUACAAAAAGAGAUGCUUCAGUCUUGCAUGCUGUUCGUACUGACAAUACUAGAGUUAAGGCAGAUAUCAAAAGCAGUGGGCUUAUCCACUGUGCCUGCUGGACUAAGGAUGGUAAUCGUUUAGUAGUUGCUAUAGGCAGUGCCCUGCAUUCCUACAUAUGGGAUGAUGCUCAGAAAACUCUAAAUACCUGCUCCUUUUGCCCAGUCUUUGAUGUGGGAGGUUAUAUCUGUGCUAUAGAAGCCAUGCUGGAUUUCCAAAUUGCUGUAGCUACGGAGCUUCCUUUAGAUAAUAUCUGUGGUUUGAAUACAGGCAUUGCAUUUGAUAUGCCAUCUGGUACGGAAACUGGUUCUUUAAUCUCACAGUCUGCUCUGGUGCUUGGUGAUGAGGAAUACUCCAUGGACCGGCGAAGAAAGUCCACAGAUUCAGAUAGAUCCGGUGUUGAUUCAGUUGCUUCUUCUUCAUCAGGUCCUGUGGAUUUAACCCAUAUCCUUGCAAAUCACCGUCGGUCUGAUCCUGGUCCUCUUAUUACUCUGAAACGCAAAGACUCUGCAGCAACAAAUGGUCAAGAUUCUUCUCACAUGAUUUUGGUGACUUUUGAGAGGAAGGUAACCACCACCAGAAAAGUCACCAUCCCAGGUAUUCUGGUUCCUGAUAUAAUGGCUUUUGACCUUAGAGCUCAGAUUGUGGCAGUAGCCUCUAAUACUUCUAACAUUGUUUUGGUGUAUUCAGUAACCUCUUCCUGCAUGCCUCAUAUUCAACAAAUCCAGCUGGAAAAGAAUGAAAGACCAAAGGGCCUAUGCUUUUUGACAGCUAAACUCCUAUUGAUUCUGAUUGGCAAGCAAAAGUUCCCCGAGCCUAGUCUCAUUCCAUCUUCAAGUUCAGACAGGUAUGUAAUGCGUCUGAUGAUCAAAGAAUUGAUGCUGGAAGAAGAUCCUUCAGCAUUGCCUGAGACUAAGCAGAAUAUGUUUUAUAACUUUGAAUCCUCUGUUAAUAUACCUGGAAAAAGAAAGUUCUUUGAAAAUCUUGCUACAGAAGACCAACCUCAAAGCAGGGAGCUGUUAAUACCAAGAAGCACAGUUAUUCAAUCUCCUAGUGGCAGGAGAAGACUCAUCGAAGAAGUAAAGAGCCCUAGUUAUGAGCAGAGCUCUUCAUCAAGUGUGAGUGACCUGGAUGAAAAAAGGCUCCCAGGUGACAACUCGGUGGCCUUGGAAACAUUGGAUGCUGAACCUACCAAUCGUUCAGUGUCUCUUCUUGGUUUUGGAACACCUACCAGGCUUUCCAGCAGACCAACUUCCCCUAAAGUGCAGUUCAAUGUGAUCCAAGAAACAUCAAAUUCUCCUAAAAACAACAAUUUGCCAAGUGAAAGAGGAAUGAGUCACAUAUCUAGAAAUUUAGAGAGACUUUGUGGCAGCUUCAAUGAGUUACAACUGAGUCUUUCUGAAAUAACGGACUUCGCUAAAAAUGGGAGGAGGAUAUCUUUAGCCUAUCCAUGCUCACAGGAACCACCUGUUGUUCAUAUCACUUACCAGAAAAGUUUUUCAAAUGGAGCAGUUACUGAAGAAACAAAAGAUGUUCUCCUCUGUGAUGGCAAGAUCCAUUUGAAUUUAGUCCAGCAGCUGUUCGAUCUGCCUGUUAUUGAAAUGAAACACGGCUCUUCUUGGAUUGUGCUCACUGCAGACAAGGACGGCUUUGUGCCAUUAAUAUUCAGAGCAACACAAGAGAUAAUCAUAAGGGAUGGAAGUGACAGUUCAGAAGUCUGUGGAGGUCACUCCUACAAAAAAAGCAUUUCAAUGCGACCACCAAGCAGAGUGACAUAAUUUCUGAACAAAGAACGCUAAUGGUCUUCUUUUCUAAUACAAUACAGAGACAUUCUGCAGUGUCAGAAACUGAGUGACUAGAAAGCUGUCUUCACUACUUUCAAUGUAUUUUAACUGUAAAAUCUGUGGCAUGGUUACACUAUAGCUAAAUCCUAGGGUUGGCUGGACCCUCAUGAUUUCUUCUGAAGGAUUAGACCUAGAGAGAAGUUUACCACAGCUGUUGUUAUUAAUGGCUGCCAGCGGACUGGAGCAGAGAGACUAGCCUCUACUUUAAUUGUGGUUGGGAUGUUCUUGGAGAAACAAUAUUAUGAUAAAAAUCAUGCAGUAACAACAAAUCUAGCUAAUACAGGUGUACAGUCCACACAAAAGCUGAAAAAAAUACAACCAAAGAGCUUUUAUAUUCAUUAAGGAAAACUGGGAAGGGAAAAAAAAACAAAACCGCUUCAGGCUCUCUUUGCUGUUCCAGUUGGAUCCCAUGGAAACCUGCAACAUUUUCAGAAAUGCUUGAUUGUUAUAUGAAAAUGUUCAAUUACUAAAAAGGCUGCAUCACUGUCUCCUGUCAGUGUCUUACACAGAAUGUAGAUUUAUACACGCAUACAGAAGAGAAAGAAAAAAACCUUGCAAGGUAAAUUAAGGAUCAGAGACAUUGAAUGUAAACUUCAUUUGGCUAAAUGCAGGUGUCUACACUGAACUUGUCAUCUAGACUCCUGUAUGAUCAGCCAAAAAAAGAAAACCACUUCUACAGCAGAUUAUUCAUGCCCUAACAUAGAUUUCUAAAACUGAUCAUGGUGAACCAUCCCUAUUAAGUAAGUAAAUAAGUGCCUACUCCUUUCCACUGACUGCAAAAGCAUGCUAGGGGACUAGUUUAAAUACAAACAUUUACAUUGAGUCAGAUGAACCUCACCCUGAGAGACAAGAGGCAAUAUCGAUAUAUCUGAGAAGCAGGCAGACAGAUUCAUGGAAGUUAAACUAUAAUGAUUAUGGUGAAAAAAAUAGGCAUAAGGGAAGAACUGAAUAAACUCCCUAACUUUUCUUCCUCUAAAUGCAAAGAGGUGGGUAAAGUGUAACGAGUAGCCACGUGUGUGAGGCCUAGCAUUUUGUACUGCUGGACAGGCCCCAGCAGAAACCAUGGAAAGGCAUGCCCGCUUCUCGCUGUACAUUCAGGGAAACAUAAAAGGGAUGAGACUUAUUUAAGCUACUAUUAAGACUUAUUUUUCACACUGUGCAUUUUGGGUCUUGUUAAUACUCCUGGAGAGUCUUUUUUCCCUGCCUGGGAACCGCAGCAAGCCUGUUUAUAGGGCACAGAUACACUAAAAUCCAGUUACAAUACUUCACCCCAUACUAAGGCUGAAUCGAGAAGGUAGACCUAUGGUCUGAAGGCACUUAAUGGGUUUGGAAGUUUGGCAUUAGUACCAUUCCAGUGAUGCAGCCAGAAGUCGGAUGAGGAACAGUUUCAAUUCCUGAAAUAAGGAAACAGUUUCAAUUCCUUGAAUUAAAUAAUGUCCUUCUCAUGCAAGUAUCCUCCCAGAGACAAAGGAAUCAUAAUUCUAAAUCACCUACAACCACAGGUGUGCAACGUAGCUGGGUAUAUUUGUACUACCUUGUUUGCAAAGAUCAUUUUAAGCAGCCUCGAGAAGAAUUCCAGUUUGAAAAAAAAAAAUAAUAAUCUGACCAUUUAACCAUUAAACACAUCUAUGAGUUUACAGUUACUUGGUUCAUUGGAUUGCCUGCUACUUUGCAUUAAAAUUGUGUUCAAAAAGGUAU